AUGUUUCUUUGUCAAGAUUUAGACAAACAUAGUCCAAGUAAUUUUACUAAAUAUGAAACUGAAAUAUUAGAUUAUCUUCAUGAUAAUAUUCCACGUGCUCUUAUUAAUCUUGUUCUUAUACUUAAUGUUCGAGGAGUAGACUUAUUAAAUGUAGGUGGUCCAAUUUGUCGAUUAUUUCAUAAUAAGACGUAUCUAUGUGCUGCAUUUCUUAGUGAAAAUCAAGCUACAAAAUUAAAUAAAUGGAUUCCACAAUAUCAUGAAAUGUUAGUGGAUCUUAUCCAUUCGAGUCGUUAUGAUACAAACGAUAAUUUUACUGUUGUUAUUCAACCAUUUAUGGUUCAUGCACAAUGA